AUGGUUCAUUCUAAAAUGGAAAAAGCCAUACCCGAUUCAGCUGCUACAACCAAUAAUUUUCCAUUACUAAAUGGAAAUGCUAAUAUGGAAAAGGAUAUGUGUAUACCAGAGAAAAGGCAGGACCAGGGAAUUGAGAAUAGCCUGUACAACCAGUACGAGGAGAAGGUGCGCCCCUGUAUCGACCUUAUCGACUCACUGCGGGCCCUGGGCUUGGAACAGGAUCUGGCACUGCCUGCCAUUGCUGUCAUCGGAGACCAGAGCUCGGGCAAGAGCUCGGUGCUGGAGGCUCUGUCGGGUGUUGCUUUACCCAGGGGCAGCGGUAUCGUUACAAGAUGUCCGCUGGUGCUGAAACUGAAAAAACUUGUGCAUGACGGUGAGUGGAGAGGGAAGGUCAGUUACCAGGACUUUGAGACCGACAUUUCAGACCCUUUGGAAGUGGAAAAGGAAGUAAAUAAAGCCCAGAACGCUAUUGCUGGGGUAGGAAUGGGGAUCAGUCACGAGCUCAUUAAUCUGGAGAUCAGCUCCCCAAACGUCCCGGAUCUGACCUUGAUUGACCUUCCUGGUAUAACCAGGGUGGCUGUGGGCAAUCAGCCAGCUGACAUUGGACGACAGAUCAAAAUGCUCAUUAAAAAGUACAUCCAGAAGCAGGAGACAAUCAACUUGGUUGUAGUGCCCAGUAAUGUAGACAUUGCAACCACGGAGGCACUCAGCAUGGCCCAGGAGGUGGACCCUGAUGGAGACAGGACCAUAGGCAUCUUGACUAAGCCUGACCUGGUGGACAAAGGCACAGAAGACAAGGUGGUGGAUGUGGUGCGCAACCUCAUCUGCCACCUGAAGAAGGGCUACAUGAUUGUCAAGUGCCGAGGCCAGCAGGACAUCCAGGACAGGCUGAGCCUGGCUGAAGCUCUGCAGAGAGAGCAGGACUUCUUUGAGGACCAUGACCAUUUUAGGGUUCUUCUGGAGGAAGGAAAGGCCACUAUUCCAUGCCUGGCAGAGAGACUCAGCACUGAACUCAUCGCACACAUCUGCAAAUCUCUGCCCUUGUUAGAAAAUCAAAUAAAGGAGAGUCACCAGAAAAUAACCGCAGAGUUACAAAAGUAUGGUGUCGACAUCCCAGAGGAUGAAAAUGAGAAAAUGUUCUUUCUGAUAGACAAAAUCAAUGCAUUUAUUCAGGAUAUCCUUGCUUUAGUGCAAGGAGAAGAGUCAGUAGGGAAGGAUGAGUGCCGGCUGUUCACUAAAAUCCGACAUGAGUUCUCUAGAUGGAAUUCUGCCAUUGAAGAGAGUUUUCAGAAAGGUUAUGAAACUAUGUGUCAGGAAAUCUGGAAGUUUGAAAAUCAGUAUCGUGGCAGAGAGCUGCCUGGCUUUGUGAAUUAUCGGACAUUUGAGACCAUUAUAAAACAGCAAAUGAGAGAACUGGAAGAACCUGCUGUGGAUAUGCUUCACACAGUGACUGAUAUGGUCCGGACUGCCUUCACUAAUGCUUCAGAAAAAAAUUUUGAUGAAUUUUUUAAUCUGCACAGAGUAGCCAAGUCCAAACUUGAGGACAUUAAACUAGAACAAGAGAAGGAAGCUGAGAAGACCAUCCGACUGCACUUCCAGAUGGAGCAGAUUGUCUACUGCCAGGAUGGAGUUUACAGGGGUGCACUGCAGAAGAUCAGGGAGAAGGAAGCAGAGGAAGAGAAGACAAAUAAAAAAGCAAACAGCCUAUACUAUCAACAGAUUUCUUCAUUGGACUCCUCCAAGGCAGAAAUCUUUCAGCACCUGCUCGCUUACCAAAAGGAGGCCAGCAACCGCAUCUCCAACCACAUCCCUCUGGUCAUCCGGUUCUUCAUCCUGCAGAUGUACAGCCAGCAGCUGAAGAACAGCAUGCUGCAGCUGCUACAGGACAAAGAUACUUACAGCUGGCUCCUGAGGGAGCGCAGUGACACCAGUGACAAGAGGAGGUUCCUGAAGGAGCGGCUGGCGCGGCUGGCCCAGGCUAGGCGCCGCCUGGCCAAGUUCCCUGGUUAA